AACAAAACGUAUAUUUAAAAGCUUUUUAAUUUUAUAUGAGAAAGACAAAAUCAGUAUAUAUUUUGUUUUUUUUUUCUAAAGUAAGACGUAAUAAGUUUGAGAAUUCAUAAGAAUUUGCCAUAUUUUUUAUGCUUCUGAAAGCAAAAAGUAAUUAAUUUGUUGGUUGUUGAUAUAAUCGGCUAAUAUAACCCAUAUAAUAAACAAAAUCUAAAAGGGUGCAGAAAAAAAAAAAUUAAGAAUUGAAUUAAAAAAGAAAAUAAAAAUAAAGAUUUUUUUUUUGAUAUAAGAAAAAUAAAAAAGCAAUUAUGGUACGUACAAAACAAACUGCAAGAAAAUCAACUGGUGGAAAACAUUCUAAAAUUUUGGAGGCAAAGCGUCAACAUCAUAAGACGAUUAUUUCACAACCAGUUAAAGUUAAACCUGAAAAUGGUAAUUAUUUUACAAUAAUUCAUGGAGGAAGUGGUGAAAAAAAUGGUAGUGAUCAUUUUACAAGAAGUCGCAGUAUUUCAAGUGAACCGAAUUCAUCUAAAGAUCAAGGCAAAAAGAAAGUUGUGGCCAAACCCAAAGCAGCUAUAACAGGUAAAAAACUUGUAAAUGAGAAUUCUGAAAUAAAAUAUCGUCGAAGAUAUAGGCCAGGUACUGUAGCAUUACGUGAGAUUCGUCGAUAUCAAAAAAGUACUGAAUUGUUAAUAAGAAAAUUACCAUUUCAACGUUUAGUUCGAGAAAUUACAACUAGUUUUAAACAUAAUAUAAGAUUUCAAAAUGCAGCCUUGAGUGCUUUACAAGAAGCAAGUGAAGCAUAUUUGGUUGGAUUAUUUGAAGAUACCAAUUUAUGUGCUAUACAUGCCAAAAGAGUAACAAUAAUGCCAAGUGAUAUAAAUUUGGCAUUAAGAAUAAGGGGUGACAGAUCAUAUUAUUGAAUCUAAAUUCUAAAUUAUGUAUGUAUACACCCACAAACAUACAUUAUGUGUGAACUUACAACAAACUUUGUUUAAUGUUUGUUUCUAUUUUUUUUUUGUAAUGUUACAUCAUGUUUUUAGAUUUAGGUUGGGUAGAAAGCCCAGUUUGUUUUUAUUUUAUUUUUUUUUUUAUAGUUUAGUUAGAUGUGCAUUCAGAAGUAUUGUACUCUUUAUAUGGAUUUUUAAUAUAAAAUUGAAUUGUAAUAAAGGAUUAAUAUUUUAAU